AUGAAUAACAAGAAGCCUCUUUCUGUUAUUACUAAUGGGGAUAAAGCAAUGCGUAAAGCCAUUAAGAGGAUAUUUCCAGACUCUUGUCAUCGAUUAUGUGCUUGGCAUAUUCAACGCAAUGCAUUCACUAAUGUCCAUGUCAAAGAUUUUACUAAUCAUUUUUCUAAGUGCAUGUUCAUGGAAGGCAUCGUUGAAGAAUUUGAAUAUGCAUGGAAUGACAUGUUGGAAAUGUUUAAUCUUCAUGGACAUAAGUGGGUGACAGAUAUAUAUGCUAAGCGUUCUAUAUGGGCAGAGGCUUAUUUAAGGGGGCAUUUCUUUGCUGGUAUGAAAGGCACACAAAGGUGUGAGAGCAUGAAUGCAUACUUGAAUUGUUUCCUUAAAACUCGUUUGAAGUUGUUUGAGUUUGUCAAGCAUUUUGAUAGAGCACUCUCACGUAUUCGUCAUAAUGAGGCAAAGACAGAGUUUGAGACACACCAUUCUUCAGCUGUUCUAACAACCAAACUCUAUGCACUUGAGAAAUAUGCAGGGACUGUUUUCAUAAGGCAAUCUUUUCUAAAAUUUAGGGACGAGAUGAAUAAUGCAGAAUUGUUUUUCCCUGUCAGUACAGAAAAUCAUGGAGGUUAUCGUGUCUAUACAUUGACCAAGUUUAGAAGCCCUGACAAGAUUUGGAAAGUAUGUUAUGGUAAUAGUGAUCGGUCUAUGAAAUGUACUUGUAUGAUGUUUGAGUCAGUUGGUUUUCCUGUCCCCACAUGA